AUGGCGACACGACGAAGAAUCGGAGUAGCAGCUAUUCAGAAAAAGCAGGAAACAGCUAACAAGUUCGCUGCUAAAGGAGAUCAGAUGGCCGGAGAGCAACUUGUGCAGUUCUCGCAACAACUAGAUCAAUUAUCGGCAGGACUGGAAAUGUUCGCUCAACGGCAUCGUGAUGAGAUAAAAAAGAAUUCGCAGUUUCGUCGCUAUUUUCAAGAGAUGUGUUCCAGUGUUGGAGUCGAUCCGUUGGCUUCUAGCAAGGGGUUCUGGGCAAAAGCUCUCGGAUUUGGAGACUUCUACUACGAGCUUGGCAUUCAGAUUGUCGAAAUCUGCCUUUCUACAACUCAUAUUAACGGAGGUAUCAUGACUGUCGAAGAAAUUCGCAACAGGCUGAUGAGAACACGGUCCAGAACUCGCAAAGACACUAUUUCAACCGAUGAUAUUCUUCGCGCAGUCGACAAGCUGAAAGUACUUGGUAACGGAUUCGAGCUUGUUCCACUUGGCGGAGGCCGGUUUUUAGUGCAAUCAGUCCCUGGAGAACUGAGUAUGGAUCAUUCGAGAGUUCUUCAAUUGGCUGAAGAUGCUGCAUAUGUUACAAAAGAAUUGAUAAUAGACAAAUUGAGAUGGGACGAACCACGUGCAACAUCGGCAUUAGAGCAUCUAGUGAAAGAAGGUCUUGCUUGGACGGAUGAACAGGCAUCUGACACAACACAAUAUUGGUUCCCGUCGCUUUUCCUUCAACAAUACUGUCAUUCUUCGUCGAGCACUUCCGUUUCUGAGUCGUUGCACAGCAUGAGCUUCAACAAUUAUCAAUAA